UGGUGUUGAGCUGAAGAGAGUGUCGCAUGAAUUACUGUCACAAAACACAGUGAAGCCAGCGACUAGAAGACAACUUCUGGAAAUGGCUCAAGAAGACCAGAGUGAGACGUCACAACAAACAGCAGUCAGUGAUGAAGAAAAGGCUUCUCCCUGCGUAAUUGAAAUUCACGACUCUACAACUGAAUGUGAGGAAGAAGUGAGGCCCAACAAGGUGGCCAUGGAGGAGAAAACAUUUGUGUCACGUUUGUAUUCUUUUAUGAAGGACAAAGGUACACCCAUAGAAAGGAUCCCACAUCUGGGCUUUAAACAGAUUAAUCUUUGGGGGAUCUUUCAAGCUGUUGAUAAACUUGGGGGCUAUGAUUCUGUGACAGAUCGUCGACUUUGGAAGAAAGUGUAUGAUGAGCUAGGAGGAAGCCCAGGUAGCACCAGUGCUGCUACUUGUACUCGAAGACACUAUGAGAGGUUGGUGCUUCCCUUUGAAAGACAUAUAAAAGGAGAGGAAGAUAAACCCUUGCCUCCGAGCAAACCAAGGAAACCAUACAAGAGAAAUCUGGAGAGCAAAGUAAACAAGAUUGAAGAGAAAAGGAAGAGGACUCAUUCAGAGAGAGAAAUGGAUUCUGAGUUACUACCCAAAAGAAGUCCAGAUGCAUCCUGCCAAAGUGAAGCAAUAAUACAUCCUCAUAUUGCUCUCUGGGCCCCUUCUGACAGAUGUCACUCAGAUUGUUCUCAGUCAAACAGAACCACCACCGACUGCUGCCCUUCUGUCAACGGCCACAUUCUGCAGAUCCCUGCAUCCAGCCGCUGGGUUUCUCAUAUCCCAACUGCAACUGGAGAGGUGAUCUCUCCUCUUGAGAAAAAGAAGCGAAUGGCUCAGGCCAGUCUUAACAUGCCACUAAGUUCUCAGAGAGAGGACAAAGAAAGGCCUUCUGUCAUUCACUGCUCCCAGUCCCCAGCCCGGGCUUCUUCUAGCAGAAAUGAUAACUCCUCUGAUGGCUCUCCCCUUCCUUUAUCGUCCUCAUCUUCCCGCAGUCCCUCACCUCUGUCUGUUUCAUCAGAGGACGGUUUAGUAGAAAUGGGAGAUAAAUCUUCACCAAGCUCAGGAGUACCCCACAACUGUUCUGGCACUGUCAAAAUACAUGAGGAUAAUACGUCUGUGAGUUGCAGAAGGACAUCUACAGACCCUGCAGGACAGAAUAAGGAUACAUCUCAAGCCAGCUCCCUAGCACCAACCACUGACUCAGUAAAUGGCCAGAUUAAAGACUCUGCCUGGAAGGCUAAUUACAAAGGGACAGCCAAACAUUUCACACAUCCUUUCCUUUCACCCUCCUCUUUCUCAACAUCUACCUCUAGUUUCACCAAAGUUAUUCCAAAAUCUGGGCAGCUUCUGCGACCCUCUCCUAUCCGACCAUCUUAUAAAAUUCCCCAGAACAGGCUGCCUCAGCAGGACAACUCUCUGACAUGUAAGAAGCUGAACAGCAUUAGUCCAUGGCCGUAUCAGGCAGAGAAGAGAGAGAGAUCCAGGACAAUGCCACAAAAAGUUUCUCCAACUCAGCAUAGUCUGCCUUCAUCCACUGCCACUCUGCCGACAUCAUGCGUCCUGUCAAGCUAUGACAAAUCGGUGAGGGACUCUCGGCGGCAGCCCCCAUUACACCCUACAUUUCUCUCCCACAGAAUGAGACUACCUCAAUCUCCGCUAAUGUACCGUCACAUGCCAGUGGGUUUAAGUCACUCUGCCCUUAUUGGGCCUACUGUGUACCCAUAUCCCUACCCCAUUCCUCUGCUAAAUCCCCAAGCUGGAUAUACCAUACCUGCCAUGAAUCCCAUUUAUCCUCACAAGUUGUGAUUUUCUUUUGCCACAUUCAGCUACUUAAUGGGUAACUAGGCCUAGAUAUUUUGAUGAGUCCUACUGUAGCUAAAAUCGAACCAGUGAGUGGGAAAUAUUUCAGUCCCAUAUUUAUGGUGUGAUGUUAAAGCAUGUUUGGUCAUGCAUGACAGAAUUAGCCUAUUUUAAAAAAAAGAAAAGAACAAAUAGCCUACUGUGUCCAAAAACCUAUUGCUCUGUUUUCUAGCUGUUUUAUUACCACAAGCUACCUGGCUGAACUCCCGCCUGUUCUGCUCUGACACUGUCAAAUGCAAUAACCUUUCAGAACUUUGUACUGAGUCAUAAAAUUGUAUUAUCACCUGCUCAACAGAUUACCUGCACUGCUAGCUGCCUUGUGCCAAAAUUUAACCCCAGAUCUGAUCCUUUAACCAACUCAGUAACAAACAGACUUCUGCCACUCUUUAGGAACUGUUAUGGACAAAAAAUCUUUCUUUUAUGUAUUGACCAAAGCCUGUAACAACUUUCCACAUCACAUCAGAACAAUAACAUCACCAGGACUGUUUAAAACCACUCACAACCGCCAUUUGGUGGACAGUUACAGCUGUGACCACUGAUGUGGCCCCCACAGCACCCUCCAACUGCUGCUUUCUCACUCUGUAGUGAGUGAUAGUAUUGUCAUUGAAGAUGUACUGUGUGUUUCUGCAGAGCAGGAACCUGCUGAAAAUCAGUUUUUGCUGAGUCAGGCCAGAUUGCUUUUAAUAAUUUCCUGCAUAAAAUAAAUAAAUACAUUAGCACCAGCUGAUUACUAUUAUAUUGCAAAUGGAUGAAAGGUCAUAUUCAAAUAUUUUUGAAAGUCACUAUUAUGAGUACAGGAAUAAAUGAUCAAACUUGAACUACAUAAAGGUGGCUUAAACACAUGCACAUGAGUUCAAGAUGUUUGAUUUAGUCUGCUUAAGUCAUAUCUCAUUAGUCUUUGGUUGCACAGUUUCUUUACUUUGUUUUUGAAAACAAAAAAGUCAAUACUUUGUUGUACUGUAUGUGAAAUCUAUAGAACAUGAUACAGUUAAGUUUAUAUACACCUUAAACCAAAAUAUAAAAUACGUGUGAAACGGUUCAAGGUCUACAGAAUAUACACAGAUUGUAUUUACUUUCUAAUGUAAUGAAAGAAAAAUACAAAAGAAAAAAUAAAAUAAUUAAUAUAAUUUUUUUCUGUUGUUUUGAUUUUAUGGAAGUGUAGCGCUACCACCCAUUGGGAAAAAAUGUGGACCCUAUCACAUUAUAAUGUGAUAGCUUUAUUGUAACAACAUGUAACGUGCCACGUUUUAUUUUAAGAAUGCAAAACAAAGUAUGUAGAGGCUGCUGCAACCUAAAAAUAUUGGGGCUAAGACAUUUCAUGGAGAUGCAAGAGCAGAAACAUUUCCGGUCUUUUAGUCGAGGAUUAUUGUUAUACUUCGAUUUAUUGUUGUACAAAUAGUAUGUGGGACAGCUAUGAGCAUGGUACCUCACCUGCUCAUGUGCAGUGAAUCCACGUGUGUUGUGUUGCUCUUGGUUAAAAUGUACUAGUGGUUACACCUAUGUCCCAGCUGUCCUCUGUAAAGCCAACAGGAGGACUUGGUGUGGUUUAAGGGUGCAAUGUCAACAUUAUCACAGUGUCAUCCAAGGUGUAACAGCAGAUUCUCAUCGUGUCUCAGCCCAGCAUGAAAUACAACUAAAUCACAUUUUGUAAAUUAGAUAUAUCUCUGAUCUACUGCAUGCACAGUUACCUCAUUUAAAGGUUAAAACAAUAGGGUGCAUAUUUUUAUAAUAAAACUUAUAGCAUUGUAAUGUCAUAUCUUUCACAUUUUACAAUAACUGGAAAUCCCUGCACGGGCUUAGGAACACUUCUGGAAUUCACGAUCUGUAAACACAGUUUGCUGUGUAAUCCAAAAAUUUGUCAUAAAGCCAAAUGACAAACACUGCUGACUUUUCUGAGCCAAAGCUCAUUUAAAACGGUCCAAGGCAGAGUGAUAAAUGGUAAUGGUAAAAAUGUCUCAGUUUCAGCAUCUGAUACAUUGAUUUUGUUCUUAUAAAAAUAAAAUAUGGUUUUGUGAGAUUAGUAAAACAUAGUAUUCUGUUUUUAUUAACAUUUACAUUCCAACUUUUUGAAAAUUAGGGUUGUAAAUACUGCAGCAAUAUCACAGGAGAUCUCAGAAUAUACUUUUCUUAUAUAUUUUUUAUAUCAUGAGCUAUAAUUGUCAUCUUUUUUAUUGAUCUGCAAAAGGUGAGUGCAGCUCAGGUGUUUUCAACCCUGCAGGUCUGAUGUAGACAGGCCUGCAGGAUGCUGCUGUGGUCUGGGAUUUUGAACAUCAUUAUGGUGGCAGUACCACAACGGAUGCAAGAUCAUCAACGGUGAAAAUAACAAAGAACUCUGUUGCAAAAGCAAUGAAGAGGAAAGAGAAAGAGGAAAUACACAUAUUAUAUUAUGCUGCAUGCCACAAAAUGGUUUAAAACAGCUGCGGCAACUGAAGCAGAUGGCAACAGUUUUUUUAAAUGCACAGCAGAGCUGAAAGAAAGAGUAAUAUGACACGCUGAUUCUGCAGAUGCCUGUGGAUAUCUUUAUUUUUCUAUUAUAUGUAUAUGUAAUAAUUUGCCUGUGUGACAUUUGUUUCUGUUGUGUGUGUGUUAACUUGUUUUUAUGACCAUGACAGGGACGGAAACCUCACUGCAUGCCAAGGUUUUGGGGCUUCCUGUAAAUGUGGGAACAAAAAUUUGGUCCCCAUGGGUACAAAGGGAUUACGAUUAAGACUUUGUUUUAGGUUUAGAGUAAAGGUUAGAGUAAGGCAUUCAGUUAUGAAACUUAAAGUUAGAGUAAGAGGCAAGAAAAUACCCCUGUGUCAAUGGUAAGUCCCUGUAGAAUGUAACUCUAUAACCCAUGCUUUCACUUUCUAAAGCAGUGGUAAUUUUUUAAUAACAUUCAGAAAUGUUUAAACACACGUUACUGGCACACAAGUCCAUUCACUGAAAAUCCUUUGAAUGAAUGAA